UCUAUUCAAAGAUAUAUCCACACUCAAAUAUUAAUACGGAGACCCAUCCUAUGUCUCGUACACUUCGCUGUGUAUAAUCUUCUAAUAGACCUCAAGUGCCCCUUUCGGUUCACGCUUUCGUCGACGGAGGGGAUCGAUUACAUUUCUCUAAUCUCCUGCCUGCAUAUGCCGCACAGCAGACAGUCUCAUCUAUGGCAAUUCCUUCUCCAAGGGGCCCAUCCGACAAAGAGAACGGUCAUGACGGAGUAGCCAAUGGAUGUAAAACGAAUCGCGCGAGAUUCCAAGACAUGCCUUAUGACGUUACAAAAGUGAUUAUAGAGCACACGAAUCCGGGUGAUAGGUAUAACUUGCUCUUCACUUGUAAGAGUAUCGCGAUGGUGGCAGGAGAAAUGCUAUGCGAGGGUCGCAUGGUUGCUUGGAAGAGCCAUUAUGGACUUUCAACGUCUCAACAUCGGGCGGUUGGCAUCCAAGAAUUAUUCGCUGGUAUCGAAAAUACGCAUUGCACAAAGGAGAAGCCGUUUGGCAGGGAUCUAAAGCUUCGAUUUCUGCGGUUCAUAACCUAUUUAAACCUUGAGAAUUAUUCCAAAGCUAAGUUUGAUGAGGGCGCUGUCUUGUUGAUUAUAAAGGCUCUUCGAGAACUUCGAGACACAGGCAUUGAACCAUUUCCCAAUCUUCUUUCCAUUGAACUGGGUGCAUCCCCUCUUAGCCCUCCUAGAGCUCCUGAGCUACAGCGGGAAUUCGAUCUCACAUUGGUUUCCCUUUGUCGACCCAAACAAAUCAUUGUCAAAAGCGGUUACGGAUUCUUGGAAUUGCGAAGCGAUAACGUCCCAUACUGCGAUUUGAAAUUUGCAGGAGGACAUCUUCCGAUGGAAGUGUUGCACCAGCCCUUUUCCUUCCACAUUAUCCCCAUGGUAUGUUAUGGUACUCGUAACAGAGUCAAUCCGCCUCGCACAGUGACCGAUUCGAUUGAGAAAUCUGUGGAAUAUGUUUUGCGGGUCUUGCACCAGGUUCAUCCCGAAUUGAAUGACGUCAAACGAAAGCAUUACUCAGAAGAUCAACUGGAAAAGAGGGAUAAAACUACUUGGACCUUCUCAUGGGAGCUUUCGAGGAUGAAUGGUCUGCCAUGGGCACACCAUGACGUAUCAAAAGUACGUGAUGCGGUUCUUGAAGAGCUACCCCAGAUGCGUGACAGAAUUUGUUUUUUACCUCGGAAGUCUCUCACAAGCGGCUGGGCGCAGAUUAUCAACUGUGGACAAUAGGAGUCAAAGGAUUACCAAACUGUCCAUCCAAACCUGCAUGUCAAAGUUAGCCAACCUCUUUGAUGGCGUCUAAGGGAAGCUUGACGAAUAUCCUUAUGGAUCUUAUUUACCCGAUUGCCGGCAAUCAAAGCAAUAUUCUUCUCCGCUCUCCGCCCGUCCCGCAACAAGUAUCAUCAAGGAGAGGGUUCGCCGGGGGAAAGCAUAGGAUGCCACAUGGAAAUGCAUCAUUAACUCAGCCAUGUCCUUAAACAAGGCAUAUGGCUUCAUGUUUAAUAGUGGCAAUGUUGCAUCUUACUCCACAAUUUUAUUCCAUGUAUGUAGAAUGGGCGACCGUUAAAUAUGAUUGAUAUUUUAGAAGACUACUCGUAAAAUUGUUCUUCAUUCGUCAUUGGUCUUCAUCACAUCGGCAAAACGUGCAAUACAGAUACGCCAUUUAUUGUAUCAUCGAUUGUGUCGGUAGUCUGAAUGGUUCGCUGCGACGUUGUGAUAUUUUAUAUAGUCAGUGAGCUCCCCAAUAAAUUAUAGUAGUAUCUAGUAUCAAGGUCAGGUCC